GUGGGAGCCUCAAAUUGAACCUCUGCGCCUGAUGCAAGUGCGGCUACUUUUGCUUGUCUUGAGCUUCGUUCAUGGUGAGCGGCCACGGUACUCUUCCAAAAGGCAGCAAGGAGUCCAUUGGCAGCUGGUCGAGGGCAGUUCUUCGCUACAGGACGCACUCGCCAGCUAUGGUAGGGGUGGAGAAAGAAUCUUUGACUGGGCCGCUGGUGCUGUUCAAGCCAUUGGUGAAUUUGGUGGCCUUGCCAGCACGGCUUCCAUGGGGCAGAUGUCUGCCUCCGUGGCGGCUGUGGGUGGGCAGGUCACUGCCCUUAGCAGCCAAGUGGCUGGCCUCGGUGCGACCGUGGCGACCAUGGGAACGCAGGUCUCGGCGCUGAAUGCGGUGGCUGGACCAGUGAUGGGCAUCGCUUCGGCGACGGGCCUGUCCGUCUCCUUGGUCUCUUCGCUGGUGACUGCUGGCGCCUUGGCGGGGCCAUUGCUGGGAGCUUCGGCUUUGGUGGUGGCCUGUUGGCCCAAGGAGAAGGAGGAAGAUCCCUUCAUGCGCAUUGAGAGCCGAGUGAAACAGAUGAUUGAUGGCAAGAUGGAUGAAGCACGGCAGGAGCGGCUUGCCAGUCGUCUAAAGCGCUACCUUCGGGAGUUCGCCCGUUGCACAGCAGUGUUCGCAGACAUGGCCAAAAAUCCGCAGGAUGCAUCCCACUCAGAGGCCAUCGGCCACUUCAAGCAGGAGAUGUCGAAAAAGACUGGCAGCGCCAGUGGCAGCGCUGUCACUGCUGCUGCCACUACUGGGAGUCUCAUGCAGAUGGGUGAAGAUAUUGUAUCGAAUGAUCGGCAUACAGCCGCAUCUACGGCCGUUGAAGAAGGAACUGCCGAACGAAUCUUUCAAUCUCCACCUUGCAUGGUGCACUUGGAGCGGAUCAUGUCGUUGGAGAGGGACGAAUGGAUGACAAAGAAAGGUUCCUCCUUAGACUCUUUGUUUCUACCCUUUGCGACCAUGCACACCCAGCUGCUGGCUUUUCUCAAAGCGUUCCCGCCUGCGCAAGAGCCGAGAUAUGAUGAGUCACAAGAGCAGACAUCCGCAGAAUAUGCAGGGUUCCUACUGAGUGGCAUUGUGGAGGCCUGGAAGGCGCAGUCCUGCCGACAGGUGCGAUUGAGGGAGUUGUUGGUGCCAACCCAGUGGCCAAAGUAUGAAGUGACUGUUCUGAAACCGCAAGAUCAGCCAAAUGCGGGUCUUAACUGCAAAAGCCAAUGCGGAAAAUUGGGGUGGUGCAACUUCUGUGGUGGAGAAGGUCUUGGUGCCUGCUGUCAACACCAAGAUCCAUCCAACCCAAAGGAGUGCCGGCGCCUAACACAAAGAGGACCCUUCUGGCGGAACUACAUGGGAAUCUCAUCAAGCUUCGAUACGUGCUUGCACAUGGACUGCCAGCAGAAGGAGAUCAAGUACGGUGAGGACUACAAGCGUACAAUGGCAACCGAUUGGAGUGCUUGUCAAAAGAUUUGUCAACUCGAGGACAAAUGCGCCUUCUUCACUUUUUGGGAAGACUAUGAGCCAAACUGCUAUUUGUCUCCAGUAACUGCGUACAAGUACUUGCAUACAGGAUCCGUGUCAGGCCCCAAGCAUUGUCCCACUUUCAAGGGCCCCUCUGGCUCAGGAGAUCAAGAUAGCGAAGCGGCAGAUGUGGAGACUUUGCCCAUGAAGGAAUUUCGCCCCUGUGGUGAAAGUGCCAAAUCCAUUUCUGAUCAAGAGUUCGAGAAGCGGAGUGGCGAGAUCCAAGCAUACAUCAGCAAGUGCUACCCAUUGGUUUUCAAGGAGGUGGUUGAAGACUUCAACCCGCUCUACCUACGCUUCAUUAGUGCUGCACAGGGCUUUGCUGAAAAAGCUGGAUGCAGCCAUGAAGGUUUGAUCGGCAAUGAAAAUGUGACCCUUAUUGCGGGACAAAAUAACUUUGGCGACUUCUCGGAAUGCAAAUGGGGAGAGGAGUCCUCGGCACCCACGGAGCAAUGGACGCCAGAUGUGAAGAGACGUGAGUCGGGCAUGUUGGGCCUAUGGGAGUCCAAGGUAAACCUGAAAAAGCAGCAAAGACUCCAGUUGUUUCCAGCACCAGAAUGGUUGCAUGCGCGCCUGCCACUCUUCCAGUGUUUGGAGAAGAAGUACCCUGGAUCCACAGAGGAGGGUGCCAGUGCAGCCGAGAGUCCCGAUUUGGUACUCGAAGCAGUGGCGAAAGCAGCGGAGAAGAUUCAGGAGGAGAAGAUGCUUGAGACACAGACAGAGGCUGAGGUCCACCAAAAGUUGGAGACCCUGCAAGAAAACGAACGUCCAACGAGCAAUGGUGACUCCAAUGACCAGACUGCAACAUCUGAAGCAAAGUCCGAGACGAUUGCAUGGUGCAAAGAAAAUCCUGGCCAGGCAGUCGCAAUGUGCUCUCAGGUGCCAGAGGAGGCUUGCAAGAUUGGCACACCAGGCUAUGAUCUUUGCAAGGAGGUAUUCCGGAGGAAGUGCGAGCAGCAGAGUCCAUGUUGCACACCAGUUAAGGAAAUCACCAUGAGGUGUGUUGCCCUUGAGGAGAUCCAAUCCCUUUGGAACGAGUAUUCUCGGCAGCACUAGAAAUUGCUGCAGUCGGCGUGGUUGUCUACUUUUGGCACAGCGAUUUUCAAUAAUGCAAAAGGUCGACAGUUGUCAGACAGGCGUGACAGAUGUGUCUUCGGAGCCCUUGAAGCUUCAGCAAAAGCGUUAAAGACCUGACCGUAAUGGCAUUCCAUGGCAUUCCAAUAUGGCUGACACUAAAGCUCCCACAGCUUUGAUUUCUGUACAGGGACUUCGGCCUCUUUCGGUAGAGCAUCAAAUGUGAUGGGCGCGAGUGUUUACCGAAUGCCAGACGCCGCAUUAUUGACUUCGUCAAUCACAGCCAUCGCCAGAGUCUAAAGACUAGACCUUGCGGAAAAAACAAGCAAAAAAGAGAUUUACCUGUGCAGAAAGACGCGAUGCUCAGCUUUUGCAGGGCUAAACACUGUGUAUGGUUACCACAUGAGCCAGUUUUUGUGUUGGAGCUUGGUUUGACUCAACGCCCAGGGGUGUCUUGAGUCACCACGGCAUCAGCCCUGCAAGCCAACUUGGCUCCAACAUUGGCAUUUGUUCG